AAUUAUAGAAAUAUGAAGAUGCUGUUUUUCCUGUGGCUUUUAAUUGUUGGGUUUCAUUCCAACAGUUAUUGCUAUGAACAUAAUCACCAAGGUGUAAGAAACCAAAAUCAAAGAGGCCAAGAAAACCAAAACAGUGCACAGCAGACUGUAGGGAAGAGUGUUUGUCAGUUUGCAUGUUGUUUCUACAAAGAGAUUUCUUCUCGUGAAAAUGGUGGGAAUAUUUUCUUCUCUCCUUUGAGCAUCUCUACAGCCUUUGCAAUGCUGACUCUGGGCGCCAGAUCAGACACUCUGACACAGAUUCUUAGGGUCCUUAGGUUUAACCCAAAUGAGAUUUCCGAAAAUGAAAUACAUGAAGGUUAUCGUCAACUCAUGCAGAUGAUAAACAGAAAGAACACGGGGUUACAGCUGAAUAUGGGAAACGUCCUGUUUGUGCUUGACAGACUGAAGCCACAAGAAAAAUUUUUAAGUGAUCUCAGAAACUUCUUUGAAGGAGAAGCUUAUCCUAUGAACUUCAAGAGAGCUGAUCAAGCCCAGAUAAAGAUCAAUGAAUAUGUAGCAAGAAGAACCAACGGGAAAAUCAAGGACCUCAUAAAUAACCUUGAUCCACUUAGUGAAAUUCUCCUUAUUAGCUAUAUUUAUUUUAAUGCUGAAUGGGAAAAACCUUUUGAUCCAAAAUACACUAAAAAGAACAAAUUCUUUGUGAAUGGAAAUAAGGCUGUUGAAGUCCCAAUGAUGUAUGGAAUGGGUCUGUUCAAGCAUGGCUAUGAUGAACAGCUGUCUUCCACUGUGGUGCAAAUGGAUUACAAAGGAGGUGCUUCAGCAUUUUUUGUUCUGCCUGAUCAAGGAAAAAUGAGGAAACUGGAGAAAAGACUGUCUUGUGAACGUAUGUCAAGGUGGAGGACAUUAGUCUCAAAAAGCUCAGCAAAUUUGUAUCUUCCGAAAUUCACUCUUUAUGGGACAUAUAACCUAAAAAAUAUAUUAUAUAAUAUGGGCAUCAGGGAUGUAUUCACUGAUAAGGCUGACCUAUCUGGGAUCACUGGGCAGCCCCAGCACAGAAUUUCCCAGGCUAUUCAUAAGGCUGUGGUAAAUGUGGAUGAGACUGGCACUGAAGCAGCAGCUGCCACAGGCAUGGAAAUAGUGCCUAUGUCAGUUCCAGCCACCAUUUCAUUCAACAGACCCUUCCUAAUGGUCAUGACUCUGGAGAGUAAUAUACUCUUCAUGGGAAAAAUUGUGAACCCUCUGGAAAAAGAUUAA